UUGAUUUCGGUCUAGUAAAUUUGCAGCUUCUCUUUUGUUGGCUAAUUCCUGCGCUUAACUUCCUCGUUUAAAAUAUCUUUACAAUCUGUUGAAAACACUUUUGUUAUUCGGGUCUCUGUAAAGUCGAGCAUCCUCUACUGGGUGGAUAUUUCCCUCUGCAGUAACACAAACAGAUUUUUGAAAGUUAUAGGCAGUGAAUGUAUAUAGGCCUUUCACAUUAGCGCAAAUGAUAGAGCAUUUUACGCUUCAGAGAAUACUGAUCAUGUUUGUUUUAAAGUUUGAAAUACAAAUUUUAAAAGACAGAAGACUGUCACAUCACAAGAUUUAGGCGUUCCUAAGCACAGAUAUUUAAUGUUUUUUAUAACUAGGUUAGAACAAAAUUUAUCAUAAUUUUGACUGAUUUGUUAGAGGAGUAAAAAAUACAUACCACUGAUUUAAAGUACAAACAUAUGUAAUGGUAACUGGUUUGGGGGCAGGAAUCAUAUCUUCUUGGGGGCAGAUAUCAUAUCAUAUCUUCUCUGCCAUUGAAAACCUAUAGCCUAGCACAAUAUUUGGCACGUGAGAGUCGAACAUUGAAUAAUUUGUUAAUUGGAAGAAGAUACAGUUAAAUGUAUUAAAACCUAAACUUUAUCAUACUUUCCAGAAUUUCUGUGAAACGUUAUGUCUGUCUCUUGAGUUUAUGUCCAUGGGUUUCUAACGCAUUGGCAAUUUAGCAUUCUUUUGAGAGAGAAUUCCUAUAACCCAAUAAUAAAUUAUCUAAUAUAGAUUAAGGGAAUACUUCCUUAUUGCUGGUUACACUUUUAAAGGAUAGUUAUUCAGAAUGUACUUAAGAAUUUUUGUCUAACGUGUUUAUAGAGAACAGAAUUCCAUCUUGAAUUCUAUCAAAUUCAUUUUAAUUUCUUAUAUUUGGGCUAAUAUAAGAGCUUAGCCCAAAGGCAUGGCUCUAGAGAACAAAUGGUUGUCACUGACAACAUUUGUUCUUUAUCUCAGGUUUUCAGUGUCCAUAAUGUAACGUCAUAAUUUUGGCAAAGAUCAUAAAAAUGUUUUUAGGGUAAAUUGAGAAAUUAUUAAGCUGCUUCUGAGUUAAAUACUUGGAAAAAUAACAAAAAUAAUCAUUUACUUAUUCCAUCAACAAAUGGAUUUAUAGACUUAUAUACUAGGCACUAUGUUACCUUCUUAGAUUUGUUCUAACUUACCAAAUGAAAUAAUAUAAGUGGAAUAAAUAAUUAACAAAUGCAUUCAUCUUUAAGGGAAACAAAAAGAGGGAACAGGUGUUAGAAAAAGCACUUUGCAUAUCUUGAUCAUCUUUUAGAAAACUCGGUAGAGAUAUAUGUGCAUUAAAAAAUUAUUUACUUUGAGCUCUGUAUCUUGGCUUUAACAUUUUAUGUCAUUGUUGCUGCUGUUAAUUGCAUUUGGUCUGUGUUCUUUUUCAGUUUUUGCUUUUUUUCUUCUCAGAACAAUUUUGGACAUUAUACCCAUCUUCAUAUAGAAUUAGGGCAAUUUAUUGGCCCACCUGUUUGAGCAGUUUUUGAACAUAAUUUCCUAUAAUUGUGUUCCUAAAAUCAGUUGCCCAGAACUGUGAAGAACCUUAUUCAGUGUCAGAAUGGAAAGAUUUGUAGUGACAGCACCACCUGCUCGAAACCGUUCUAAGACUGCUUUAUAUGUGACUCCCCUGGAUCGAGUCACUGAGUUUGGAGGUGAGCUACACGAAGAUGGAGGAAAACUCUUCUGCACUUCUUGCAAUGUGGUUCUGAAUCAUGUUCGCAAGUCUGCCAUUAGUGACCACCUUAAGUCAAAGACUCAUACCAAGAGGAAGGCAGAGUUUGAAGAGCAGAAUGUGAGAAAGAAGCAGAGGCCCCUAACUGCAUCCCUUCAGUGCAACAGUACUGCGCAAACAGAGAAAGUCAGUGUUAUCCAGGACUUUGUGAAAAUGUGCCUGGAAGCCAACAUCCCACUUGAGAAGGCUGAUCACCCAGCAGUCCGUGCUUUCCUGUCUCGCCAUGUGAAGAAUGGAGGCUCCAUACCUAAGUCAGACCAGCUGAGGAGAGCAUAUCUGCCUGAUGGCUAUGAAAAUGAGAAUCAACUCCUCAACUCACAAGAUUGUUGACAAGGAGGUUACCACCAUUGUGAUCAAGAUAAAUGUGGAGUAUUAAAGUUAUGUGUUGAUUGUGUGGUUCAUUUUUAUAUUUAUUUCAUUUAAAAUCAUGUGAUGCAGAAUAGUUUUGCAAUGUGUAUAUAGUUGCAGGCAAAAAAAAAAAAAAAACCCUCACUGCAAAACUUACUGUUAAUUUUAGUCACCAAUGGUGUAAAGCAAAACUUAGGGUUUAGAGUAUGCUAGGAUACCUGAAACCUGAUGGUUAUCUUUAAAAUUAAUGGUUUUUCUCCUGAAAUGUUUGUGCAUGGAAGAACUGCCCUGCUUUUAUCCUGUUGCCAUAUAUGAUUAUUCCUUGUGAGAUUACUUAAUUACUUGGAUUGAACACUAGCCUAGGAAAUUGAAGCUGCUGCCAGGCAACACCACUCACAGUAACAUAAAGGAAUUAUUUCUGAUUAGAAUUAUCUCUUCAAAAAGGAAGGGAUGGUGGGAAACUGUUCUGGUAUCUUCAGAUCCCUUGAAGAAAUGACUAUUUCAAACUAUGUGUGCAUAUGAUGUAGUUACCUUAUCCUUCAGUUCCUCAGUCUUUUUUACACUCUUCUAAAGGCUAAUUGUGUUUAGUAGCAGCUUCAAGUGACGGAAAGACUAAAAUCUUUAUUUCAAUGUCAGUGCCAAAAAGCCAUGGGGAAUUUUGCAGUGACAUGAUUUUAGUGUCUCUUACUAUAAACAAAUUUUUGAACCAUAAAUUUCAUUUCAAACAUCCUCUUGAAUUUGCUUUUUUUUUUUUAGUGUCUUGAUGUUAAAACUUUUCAAGAUUGACAUUUUAAUUUAAACAGGUAGACAUUUUAUGAUUGAGUUUCCUGUUUUUACAGAAAGCCAGUAAUUACUUUUUGGUGGACAGAUCAGAUAAUAAGGAAAUUACUUUCUAUACAUUAAUUUUCCCAUAUGAUUUAUAAGACUUUAUAAAUAGACUAGAAGCAAGCUUACUUAUUUUCAUUUUAUGUGCUUUGCCUCUGGUAGUACAAGGUUUUUAAACAUGGAUGGUAAACAAUUGCCUAGAAAGACUGGCAAUAUUUUUGUAGUAGAGACUGGCAGUAUCCUGCAUAACUGAGUGAGGAAAUAAUCAGUUCUGUUAAGGGUCAACCAUGCUCAGGAAAUGAGUGAACCUCACCAUCCUGUAAGGUCAUCAAAGUAGCUUAGCCCAGUUAUGUCCUCUCUAUUGAAGACCCAAAGUAUAUUUUUAAAAAACUAAAUAGCUGAAGACUUGGACUAGAGCUUUAAAAAAAAAGAACUUAAAUUCAUUGAAAACAUUAAAAUUUAAAAUGCUUAGAAAAUACACUUCUAUUACAAAGCACUGACAUGAAUGCCCAAUGUGACUUGGGAGUUUUCUUUGAGGUGGUUUUACCACAAAUCAUUUAAGAUAAAAAAAAAAAAAGCCAAAGUGAAAAAACGUUCUAUUUUUCAGAAACAGCUUUCCAUGUCUGAGUUUCUUUGACAGACUUAAGUUCCUAGUUCAGGUUGUCAAAAUGCCCAUCUGAUUUUUAGAACUUAUGUGGGUUUUUGUUUUCAUUUUUAAAUAAGCCUGCCACCAAAAAAAAAAAAAAAAAAAAAAAGAUUUUCAGACUGAAUGAGUUUUUCUCGUGUUUAGUUAUGUAAAGUAGCACAAUAAAUGCCUGGAGUAGUGCUGUCAAUGCUAAAGCACAUACAUGAGACCAGCACCAAAACAUAACCAAAAUGUACUUUGCUUUUACUUCCCCUAGUAAAGAAUUUGCAGGCAACCAUGUUUAAUUUGAAUUACUUAAGAUGGUAGAAGAUCUAAGAAGCCAGGAAAAUAAUUGAGCUUUAUAACAUUUUCAGAGUACAAAACUAAGGUUAGAUACACAAUCAUUCUAAUUUUUCGAAAUUCCAUGUGAUUAAGACUGCUCUCUAUUUCAAUAUUAAUUCACACUAACAGCAAACGUAGUGGCAGAACAGUUUUGAGUAGUCAAGUGGUAAACUGGAUGAUGUUGCACUAAAAUUUGAGUUUCUAGUAGCUAUUACUGAUUUGAUGAUCAUUUAGGUCCCAUAUGUCUUUAUUUCUCCAGGCUCCUAACUAUUCCCACAUACACUCUUAUCUAGGGGCAUAAUUCAUCCUCCUGUUAGGAUUAUAUCAUGUCCUUAGAAGCAUUUUCCAACCUUUGUGGAAGUUUAAUAUGUUUACUGAUUAUGAAACCUUUUGUUCCCUGAAAUUGGUUAACUUUGUCUCAUAGUUAAAUAAACAUGGCAGAGUGAUUAUUUUAGCCUGCCUAAACUGGUACAAAUCGGUGAAACCAUGGUUGGCGUAUGUUGGAUAACAAAGGAAAAUGUCUGAGGCCUAUGCUGCUGUGGAGGUGUAGUGGACAUGUACAGAAGCUUUCGAUCUUAACUAUAUAGUGUUAGUGUGAUGCUAUACUAUUGGAAAAAUAGCUUUUUUUCUAUUUUAUAAGUUGUAUGCAUAAACAUAAGAUUUGUAAUGUUUCAUUUAUAAACUGCCUUCAACACAAGCUUACCUGUUAAUAGUGUUUUCUUGAAGUAUGGUAGUCUGUCUUCCAGAAUUUCACUAUAUGCUUACAGUAAAUAGUUACUAGCUUGUUGAAAUGUUAAAUUUCUUGUUUUGUUUUGUUUAAUUCUGUAGGGCAUAUAGCAAGCCUGAAGGACAUUGUAAUCAUUUCUUACAGGGUGAAAAUUUAGAAAGAUUGUGUACAAGAGCCUAAAUAGUUAUUUUAUUCAUUAUCUUCUUUUAAGACUUUUUUUUUUUUUUUUUUUAACAAAUGCUAUUUCCAGUUAAUGCAUUUGGCCCUACUGAAUUUUGGGGGACCAGAAAACUUUUUAAAAAAAGCUCUGCAUCUUACAAUUGUAACCAAUUAAGUAUCGGCUUGGGAUUGUUCUGAAGUAUUCAUUGCUUAAAAACUAUUGUAAGUAACAGUUGGCAAGAUCUCCAAGAAGAAAGUUCUAUGUUAAAACUUUUGCCUGAAGGAAUUUGUAUGUGAAUGUUAAUGGAAAACACAUUUAAACAAAAUAAAAUUUAAAGUGGCUCAAAAUGAAAGCCACAAACAUUU